AUGACGGAGGAACAGAUGCUAUCUGGACCAGUUCUAGAAGAGCCGCCCUUCUCAGAAAUCCUCUUGCAAGUGGAUGGCAGCCAUGCUAAUUUCUCCGAUACCAUCGCGAUCGCGCCCUAUAUCAAGCGAGGCAAUCUUGAACUCGCCAGACUCCGAGGCUAUGUCAAUGCGAUCUACAGCGAGGCUAAGAAUCACGUCCUGUCUCUGAGAGAAGAUCCCUCUUAUCUUGCAGACACAAUCACCGACGUCUCUGAGCAUAGCUGCGAGCUCAUUCCGGAUACACGUGGCCGCAUCGACCAAUCUGUUGAUACUCCGAAGUUCCUGUCAAACCAGAGCUUGAUAAUGUGGUUCGAGGUCUCGGCAAGACUAGAUCAGCUUUGCCUGCACGCCCAUAACGGCGCCGCUACCCAUGAUCAGCUACAGAAUGUCCUUAAUCUCGAGGCUUUACUCGAACGUGCUCGAAGCUACCUACUACGAGAAGUCACUAGUGCCGGUAUGGCAUCGCCCACGAUGCGAAAAUACUAUGAACGCAUAGUUUCCGGGCCAGGAGAUUGUCCAUACAUACAGAUCGCUAUCGGAGAAGGAUAUUCUCUCCGAACGGAGGGCGAAGCAUGGAUGCUGAGCGUUUUUCAUCGUCUGCUGUCUUUCAGUCAAAACGACUCCCGGAAGAACAUCAAUGGCUUUGCAGAGAUGCCUGGGGGUGAAGAGAUCAAAGUGGACAUCGACCUCCACGCCACAAUGGACCGUCUAGAUACUCUCUCACGCAAACACCGGAGUGCGCGCGCUAUGCUAACAGCCCAAUUGUCAUCUCUCAUCAGCCAGCUUUCUAUCAUCGAGGAGUGUCUUCAUGAGAUCAAGCUAUGGAAGAGGUCAUCAGAAAUUUGGAUACUACUCGGCACAUCUCGCAUGGAAGCCACAGAGUCGAACAAGGGAAGCUUCUCAACCAACUGGGCUCAUCACAUAAAUGACUACGACGUACCAGUCUAUUUGGUCAAACCAUCGCGAGGAAGCCUACGCUAUCCCAUCGAUAAGCCGCGAACCGCUCAGAACGUGAAGACGAUGCGAGACUUGGAAUCAAAUCUUGACAAGUUCUGGAAUGAUAUCGACUCGUUCUACAAACUUAAGACUGGUGUUGCGCAAGAUGAAGUGUUACGUCGAUGUCUCCUGGAAGGUGGUGAGAUGCGCCGAACUGCUCCGUGGACUGGCCCAAGCGUUCCCAAAGAGUGCUUCAAAAGCAUCGAGUACAAAGCCAUCAGCAACUACGACCACGAUGUUGCACUGCAGAUUACCGGAACCUUCGAUAAGCCGGUCACACGAGGUAGUGCCAAGCGAAAGAAGCGCUACCAUGCUCCUCUAGAUACCGAGCCAGCGACUCAAGUUCACGACAUCGGUCAUCCAAGCCCGGAGAAGAAGCCCGAACGAAUCUACUGCGUCGACAAACGUGCCCACAAAGUCUUCAAGACUCUCUUCUAUGUCCCUCUUUCAGAUCUUGGAGAGACACCGAAAGCGAUUAAGUGGGACGACUUCAAGCGCGCUAUGAUUCGAGCCGGCUUCUCUGCGGAAAAGCUCCAAGGCUCAGCCUGGCAGUUUACUCCUAGUGUUUCUACGGAUGUCGCUCGUGGCAUCCAGUUUCACGAGCCACAUCCCGACAGCAGUAUUCCCUACAUCAUGGCUCGGCGUUUUGGCAGGAGGCUUCAGAGGGUAUAUGGCUGGCACGGUGGUAUGUUCAAGUUGGCUUGA